AUGCACGAGCUCUGGAUGACUCGAUAUGGCCGUGUAUACAACGAUAAUGCAGAGAAAGAAAUGCGUCGCAACAUAUUCAAGGAGAAUCUGGAAUUCAUAGAAUCGUUCAACUCUUUAAGAAAUCGUUCUUUCAGGCUGAGCAUUAACAAAUUUGCAGACCAAACAAAUGACGAGUUCAAGGCAUCUCUUAAUGGGCACAAAUCGUCACACAAUCUGAAAUCAUCUCAAGUAACAUCCGUUAGGCAUGAAGAUAUUGUGACAGUGCCAGAUAGCUUAGACUGGAGGAAGAAUGGAGCUGUUACCGAUGUCAAGGAUCAAGGCACAUGUGGAAGUUGUUGGGCAUUUUCAGCAGUUGCUGCAAUGGAAGGAAUCAUUCAAAUAAGAACAGGCAAACUGAUUUCGUUAUCUGAGCAAGAGCUUGUUGAUUGUAACAGGGAUGCUUACAGUAUCGGAUGUUCAGGAGGAAAUAAGGAAGACGCCUUCAAAUAUGUUGUCAAGAGCAAAGGGAUCAACACCGAAGAUGGUUACCCUUAUGAAGGAGUAGAUGAAUCUUGCAACAUUACUAAAGAGGCUGUUGGAGCAACUCGCAUCACUGGUUAUGAGAUGCUACCAGCCAACAAUGAAGAGGCGCUGCUGAAUGCUCUAACCAAACAACCAGUAGCAGUUUCCAUAGAUGCAGGUAGUAUGGCAUUUCAGCUCUACUCAGAUGGUGUUUUUACAGGAGAAUGUGGAAGGGAUCUAAACCAUGAUGUGAUAGUGGUCGGAUAUGGCACAAAUGCUGAUGGCAUGAAGUAUUGGUUGGUGAAGAACUCAUGGGGUCCCUUUUGGGGUGAUGAUGGAUAUAUAAUGAUAGAACGGGAUGUCGGAAACAAAGAAGGAAUGUGUGGAAUUGCUAUGGAAUCGUCGUAUCCAACGCUUAAAAGCGGAGCUGAUUCAAAUUUAAAGACUUCUAUACUUUUUGUGUUUCUUCUUGUAUCAUUUGUGAAUUCAUUUGUCCCACUUUAA